AAACUAGCUGUUGUCAGCACAUUUCUUCCUCGAUAAUCAGCGAAGUCAGUGCCAGUGUCAUUAUGUAUCUUUUUGAGCGGACUCAAUUAGCCUAUAUGCUUUUUUUGUGUGCAGAGAAAGAGUCUCCAAACCUCAGUCUUCAUCAGCCUUAGCAGGGAACUGUCAAGGGGAUGCAUUCGAGGGGUUGUGGAGGCUCAGUCCCUAAUGUGGUGUGUGACAGGAAGAUGGGGUCCCAUGGGCUUGAGGAGGGUCAGAGGUUAAAGUCAGGGUCCUCUUGUCUGUCCCUCUCCUCCCCCCGUAGAGGGCCCUUUUGGGGAGGUUAUUAUUUCUAAACAGUGGGCAGCUUCCACACUCUGAAUAGUCAACAUCCUACAGUUCAAAUUCAGUGGCGAGGUAUAGCGUUAUCUCCGGAGCUUGUGCUGCUUAUACACAUGAUUCAUCAAGCUGUUCAGUUUCUAUUCCAGUUUUAUUCUAGCCUAAUGGACCGCAUGUUCUGAACACGGUCAACAGAUGCGUGUGAUUUUUUCUAAGAAUAUUUAGAGGCUCCUCCUCUUUUUCAUGAUGAGACAGUAUCAUCCCGUCCGCGAGCUCCUCACUCCAGCUCAAUUCUGUCAUCCGUAACCUGACGCACGGACCCUUUAUCCCACUCACUGCAUCUCCGACAUUUCUCAGUUUAAAAAAAACAACUACCGACGAGCUCUCAACUCUUUCAUUUCUGUUUCUCUCGCGACACUUUUUUUAGACUACACUUGACUUUCGAGACUUUCAGCUUGUUUUUGUUUUUUAAAUACAGAUUUGGAUCAUGGCCUCUCCGGCUGCUCUCAUGCCCUUGGUUCCUCUCGUCCAACCGCCUCCGAUACAGACUUCACCGGCGACCAACUCUCCGCCACCAGCAACCACGUCCUCAUCCCCUUCACCGUCUAUCGCGCCCACCGGACUGAACCCUUUCAGCGCGGACCUCUUACCAGUACCUGUCGGUAGCCCUGGCGCACCGGUCGACGUCCUGCCCUGUAAACCGGUGUAUUCUACCCCGUCGCCGGUUGAGAACACUCCGCAAAACAACGAGGUUAAAAUGGUCGAGGUCAGAGGCGCCAAGCUCGCCUCUUUCACGGUAAAAGACAACGAGUUAAUCUGCCUCCCGCAGGCGUUCGACCUGUUUCUGAAACACUUGGUCGGCGGACUGCACACGGUCUAUACCAAGCUGAAGCGGCUCCAGAUCACACCGGUGGUCUGUAACGUGGAACAGGUCCGCAUCCUCCGGGGCCUCGGAGCUAUCCAACCGGGAGUGAACCGGUGUAAACUCAUCUCCAGGAGAGACUUCGAGACGCUGUACAACGACUGUACUAACGCCAGCUCGCGUCCUGGACGCCCCCCAAAGAGGGCUCAGAGUAUGACAUCAUCAGAGAACCAACACCUUCUGUCUCAUUCUGUCAGCGGGCUGAUGUCAGCUGGAAUCAUGCCCCUACUGCUAGGCGAGUCAGUUGAGAACAAAUGGCCGACCCCGGGCCAAACCCGGACAACACUGGGACAAUUGUGCGCCACCCUAUUCGACUCCCAGUCACGGCCGGAUUUGAUACAGCCUGGAUUCGAACCAGGUCUGGAACACCUCCCGUUCAUGAUGAUGUCACACCCCCUGAUCCCUGUCAGUAUGGCCCCUGCCUCCGUCUCCAUGGCAAUGAGUCAGAUGAACCACCUCAACACGUUAGCCAGCAUGGCCUCUGCUGCCCAGGUCCACCACUCUACCCUCUCCUCCCGCGGCCGCAUGGUCACCUCCGUUAUAAAGGAGCGUGUUCAGGACAGUCCGUCUCCCUCUCUGGAGGACGGGAGGAGGUCUGGGAGUCACCUGUCCUCUCGUCACAGCAGCAGCAUCUCCAGCUCCCCAGUACACACAGAACACUCUGCAGACAGGACCCACGUGCAGCAGAACGGCCUGUCCUCCAGCCAUGCUCUGUUGGGUCUAUCUCCCAGUGCUGUGCCCGGUCCUAAAGAAGGAGAUGUGGCCACCCUGGACUCUGGCCACGAAGCUAAGAGGAACCAUGUUGAGAGAGGUAGGGUCCUCCUUCUCUUUCGCUUGUUCUUGAUUGUUCUCUCACUCUGUCUGUCUGUCUGUCUGUCUGUCGGCUUGCUGAAGGUUGCCAUAGACAACACGCGCGCUCAGGACAAGCAGGUGCAGACGGAGAAGUCAGAGCUGAAGAUGGAACUGUUCAGAGAGAGGGAGCUCAGAGAGACACUGGAGAGACAGCUCACCAUGGAGCAGAAAAACAGAGUGCUGAUCCAGAAGCGUCUGAAGAAAGAGAAGAAGAGUAAGAGGAAACUUCAGGAGGCUCUGCAGUUUGAGUGUAAACUGAGAGACCAUGCUGAGCAGACUCUGCAGCAGACUGUAGCGUCAGACAGAGCCCUCUGUGACUCACUGACCCAGGAAGUAGACAACGGUAACCAAGGUAACGGCAGGACUGACGCAGAGGCAGCGAUACAAGAUGGAAGACUCUUCCUGAAAACCACAGUGAUGUAUUGAAGACAACAUGGAGAGAAGAGAAGAUCGAUUCGAGCACCAUUGAAGAGAUACCAGGGACUUGCAGCAGCAACAUCAUGGACGUGUCACUGUCACAAAAGACUGACAAUACACAACAAAGAACAAAUAAUCAAAGAAUUGUGAUAACAGUGUUACGUGCAAUACCAAUGUCUUUCACAGAAACACAAUCACAGCAAAGUGGAACUGAAGGAGAGAUUUUUCUACUUGAUUUAAACCAGCCUGAAUGCUCAGAGAAGGACAAAUCCACUUCCCAUAUUUGACUUGUAUUCCUGGCUCAAGUUUUAUAAGAUUUCAAUGUUUUAAAGCAUAAUGUCACGAAGGUCGCUAAAUCUAGAGGUUAAUUUAUUACGUUAUUUCUGUACAUAAAUUGAUACAAUGUUUCAUUACAGUAUUUGUUUUUGCUGUUUAUUCUAGUGAUGAACAAUGACAGUUAGGCCUUUGGCCAUUGUUGUAUAUCAGAUGAAAGGGAAAGGACUCCUGACCCAUGGAAUGCCAUGUACAUAAAGUAAAGACAUUGUAUUGUGUAUUGUAAUGAAGUAGAUCAGCUAGAUGAAAAAAGAAUACAAACUA